AUGACACCGAGGCAAUUGUCGACGCAGCAGACAGUUUAUCCGUACCCUCCCAACCUAUCUUGGCCUGCGUUUCAUCCCAACCAGCUGACGGUGCCUUCCGUAUACCAGUACAUGCCGCAGUACAGUCGAAUGCCAGAGUACAGCAACAUUCAACAAUCGACAAUGAACGUUGGAGGCAUUAAUACCACUAUCGCCAACUACGCCCUCGCAAUCUCUUCCGCCUCAUACGACCUGUACGCAAUAACUGAGACGUGGUUGACUUCUGCUACUCUGUCUAGUCAAAUUUUCGGUCCCGAAUAUGAAGUAUUCCGUGGAGAUCGAACAGCCUCGAACAGCUGUAAAGGAUCAGGCGGAGGAGUCCUGCUUGCCGUCCGCUCGAACCUAAAGCCACGCCAAUUGUUCCCUCCAGAUUGUACCGUUCCGGAGCAAGUCUGGGUUGCAGUUCCACUCGCUGCAUCCACGAUGUUUGUAUGUGUUAUCUACAUUCCUCCCAAAUUUGAUAACGAAAAGCCGCUGUUCGAUCAGCACAGACACUCCUUGACGUGGAUAGUUUCCAAGAUGAAAGCGAACGAUAGUCUUAUGGUGCUAGGUGACUUCAACUUCCCAGCCAUUCGCUGGACGCGCACACCGACGGACAAACUGAUUCCAAACUUAGCCCUCACUCCGACCAAUGAGUUAAAGCACAAACUCCUGGAUGAGUAUUCUACCGCAAACCUUAGCCAACUGAACGACAUGUGCAACAACUCAAGCAACGUUCUUGACCUAUGCUUUGCCAGCUCUGGGACACCGAUCAACUUUACCCUUCUACCAGCUCCUCUGCCUUUGGUGAAAGACGUGCGCCACCACUUUCCGUUUCUUGUUUCCAUUUCCUGUACGACGCUCGAUUUUCGUGAUGUUGCUGGUAAUACGUUCAUGGACUAUCGUAAGGGAAACUACGAUGGCAUGAACAACUUCCUGACCAACAUUAAUUGGAACCAACUACUGGCCAACCUUGACGCCGACACAGCUGCUGAUACUUGGACAGGUGUUCUAACAGAAGCCAUCAACACCUUCGUUCCAAGGAAACAGCGCCAGCCUCCAAGACAUCCACCGUGGUCAACACCUCGACUGCAGAUUUUGAAGUCCAGGAAACGCGCUGCCCUCAAGAAAUACGCCAAACACCCGACAGAUCGAUGGAGAAACCAUUAUAGGUCAAGAAACCGGAAGUACAGUAUCCUGAACAAACAACUUUUUCGUCGCCACCAACACCGAAUCCAAAGCCGAUUGAAACGAGACCCCAAGAAGUUCUGGAACCACGUAAACGAGCAGCGGAAAGAGACAGGUCUACCAACUGCGAUGAUACUCGACGGUGAAGAGGCUACUUCCACCGAGAGUAUAAGCGAUCUGUUUCGUCGCCAGUUCAGCAGCGUAUUCACCAACGAAGCAGUAGGGGAAACGCAUAUUGCUAAGGCUGCUAGCAACGUUCCACUGCGACCUCCCAUUGACCUCACCCGGUGGUCACUUCCGAGUCCAUCCGUCGUGCCUGCGCCUCUCUCAAAGGUUCUACCAGCUGCGGCCCAGACGGCAUCCCCGCUCAGCAAACUGUUCGAAGUAAUCGUGCUGGAUUUCAUUAAGUUCAACUGCUGUGACUAUGUCGCCCUGGAACAGCACGGCUUCAUGGCGAAACGUUCCACCAACUCUAACUUGGUCUCCUACUCGUCCUUCAUUCUUCGAACCAUGCAGCAACGGAAGCAGAUCGAUGCCAUCUAUACGGACCUAUCAGCGGCUUUCGACAAGCUAAACCACCGCAUUGCUGUUGCGAAACUGGAACGCCUAGGCAUUCCGCAAGGAAGCCAUCUGGGCCCUCUGAUCUUCCUCCUCUACAUGAACGACGUGCAUCAUCUUUUAGGCUGUCACAAACUGUCGUAUGCGGAUGAUAUCAAACUGUUCACCGUUGUCGAGAAUGAUACCGACUGCCAGUUUCUUCAGGAGCAGCUCGACCUGUUCGCCAACUGGUGCUCCGAAAACAGGAUGAACGCGAUUCAACGCGUGGAGUUUAACUUGUGCUCAGAUCUGUUUGACUUUGACAUCUCCCGUGACACUAUCAAAAAACGAUUCCUUAAUCACCUGAAAUCCCAUCCCUAA